AUGUCGAUUGCUAAAGCUGCCUUUUUGAACCACCUGCAAACAAUCGCGAGAGCCUACCGCCCACGCGUCCCGCCGCCAUUUUUCGCCGUCCGGUACAUGUCUUUCGCGACGCAGGAAGAAGCCGCUGCGGAACGCCGCCGUCGCAAGCGUCGUCUUCGCAUGGAGCCGCCGCUCAACUCGUUCAACAGACCCCAGCAACAGCAGCAGCAACCUCAAUUCUCUAGACCUAUCCAGAACCCAAAUGUCCCGAAAUUGCCAGAAUCCGUCGCAGCUCUCACCGGGAAACGCCUCGAUCUCCACAACCACAUCCUGAAAUUGAUUCGGGAGAACGACCUGGAAGAAGCUGCCCUGUACACGCGUCACUCCGUGUAUUCCAAUUGCCGGCCUACGAUCUUCACCGUGAACGCCGUUUUAGCGGCGCAGAUCCGGCAAGCAAAGCACAGGGAAUUUCUGCAAUUGCACAGAUUCAUCACUCAAUCUGGUAUCGCCGCUAACAUCAUCACAUACAACUUACUUUUCCAGGCUUAUCUUGAUGUUAGAAAGCCCGAAGACGCUCUGGAAAAUUACAAGCUGUUUAUAGAUGGUGCGCCGAUGAAUCCUUCCAUUGCUACGUUUAGGAUUCUGGUUAAGGGUUUAGUUGAUAAUGACAGUCUUGAGAAGGCGAUGGAGAUUAAGGAAGAUAUGGGUGUUAGAGGUUUCGUUGCAGACCCUGUUGUUUAUAGCUAUCUGAUGAUAGGCUGUGUGAAGAAAUCUGAUGCCGAUGGUGUUUUGAAGCUUUAUGAGGAGGUAAUGGAGAAGCUUGGUGGGUUUGUUGAUGAUGGUGUUGUGUAUGGGCAAUUGAUGAAAGGAUAUUUCAUGAAAGAGAUGGAGAAAGAAGCCAUGGAAUGUUAUGAGGAAGCUGUUGGAGAGAACUCAAAGGUUAAGAUGAGUGCUAUGGCUUAUAAUUACGUGCUGGAGGCUUUGAGCUUGAAUGGGAAGUUCGAUGAGGCUUUGAAGUUGUUUGAUGCGAUGAAGAAGGAACAUAAUCCACCGAGGCGUUUGGCUUUGAAUUUGGGAAGUUUUAAUGUGAUGGUGAAUGGUUAUUGUGCAGAAGGGAAGUUUGGUGAAGCUGUGGAGGUUUUCAGGCAAAUGGGUGAUUUUAGGUGUAGUCCUGAUGCUUUGUCGUUCAACAAUCUGAUGGAUCAGCUGUGUGAGAACGGAUUGUUGGCAGAGGCUGAGAAGCUUUACGGUGAAAUGGAGGAGAAGAAGGUGAAGCCUGAUGAGUACACUUUUGGUUUGUUGAUGGAUGCUUGUUUCAAGGAAGGUAAGAUAGACGAAGGAGCUGCGUAUUACAAGACGAUGGUUGAGUCUAGUCUGAGACCAAACUUGGCAGUGUAUAACCGGCUGCAAGAUCAGUUGGUUAAAUCCGGGAGACUCGACGAUGCGAAGUCUUUCUUCGAUAUGAUGGUGAACAAGCUCAGGAUGGACGAUGAGGCUUACAAGUUCAUCAUGAGGGCGUUGAGUGAAGCUGGUAGGCUUGAUGAGAUGCUCAAGAUUGUGGACGAGAUGCUGGAUGAUGAAUCGGUGAGGGUGAGUGAGGAGUUGCAGGAGUUUGUGAGAGGAGAGCUGAGGAAAGAAGGAAGAGAGGAUGAUCUGAAGAAUCUUGUGGAUGAGAAAAGGAGAUUGAAAGCAGAGGCGAUAGCGAAAGAGAGAGAAGCGCAAGAAGCGAAGAAGAGGAGUCAACAGCUGAGCAUUAAUUCAAUCAUUCCUAAAAUAAAAAGGGAUGGAAAUGGAAAGAUGCUUUUGGAAAACGGUGUUGUUGAAGAAGCCGAGGUGUUUGAUGUGGUGGUGCCUCAUAGAGAAGACGACGCCGAUGUGGUGGUGCCUCAUGGAGAGGAAGAAGCCGGUGGAUCCAACGGUCAGGAUCCGCCGUCCUGCUGA